CCAUUUUUGUACUUAUUUUUCUUAUCAAAUUAAAGCGAUUUUUGAAUAAAAAUAGAAAGAAAAGACACAUUUUUUAUAUUUUGGUUCGAGUUUCAUGAAAUCAGGUAAAAAUCACAUCCAUAAUAUGUUUAGCGGGAUUUCGGGUUAAUUGAGCACAAAAUGAGCCAAUUUGGACAACAAAUGAUAUCAUACCAAAAGAAGGAAACAUUAUUUCAAAGUGGUCCAGAAGACAAUAUUGAAGAGCACAAAACAAGGAACAAGCCGGACAAAGAAUCUCAUAGGCGCCCAAACAGGCGGCCAAAACGAAGGCCUUCGCGGCCGCCUACGGUAUUUUUGGAAAGUCAAACUUUGACUUUGACCGGAUUCGGAAAAGACCGUAGGCCGCCGACACUGGACGGAAGGCGGCCGCCUACGGUGACCGCCUGCGGCAGAAGACGACGAAGCAACCGCCGGCCGGUGGGAUUUGACGGCAGGCGGCCAGACAGGAACGGCAGGCGGCCGCCUGCUGGACCGCCUGCGGCGGCCAGGAUCCGCCGGGAUCCGCCGGGAUCCGAUUUGACAGUGAAAAGACGGCAGGCGGCCGAUGGGUGACGGAAGGCGGCCGCCCUCUGUGGCCGCCUACGGCUGACGGAGACCAGCCCACGUGUCGUUGCCGGCGAGUUGACGGCAGGCGGCCAGUGGCUGCCGGAAGGCGGCCGCCUGCCCGGGCGCCUUCGGGGAAAUUUUUCCUAUAAAUUGCCCGAUUUUUCCUCAACUCAAACACACCUCUUCCAACCCUAAAUCAGUUCAAAACACCUUCUUUCUUCCUCCAUUUUCGAGCUCCAAAGGUUUUAGAGAGAGAGAAACUUCAAAUCUUCAUAUCUUCUUCAUUUUAGCUCCAAAUUAUGUCUGGAGGAAGACGUGACGAUCCCAUUUUCGAGGAGCCACCACUAGGACGGGAAGACCCACCACCUCGGCCUGAUAUCCCAUUUGCUACUAUUGCUGAUCGCAGACGCUUCCAGACAUGGGGGCAAUACCGCACACUCCUUCCUCCCAUGAUUCUGGACCCGACGAUGCUAGAGGAAUGGGGGUACUGGGAUGAGAUUGAUUCCCUGCUAGGAGACUCCUUAUGGCGGAGGAUUCUAUUCGUUCAGGAGAGGGCCAGCCUUCCAUUGACGGUGGAGUUUCUGUGCUCCGUUCAGUUCACUCAUUACGGACAGGCUGUGCAGGAGGGUGCUGUUAUUGGGUCAGAGUCUCGGAUGAGGUUUACUAUUCUAGGCAUGGAGCACUCCAUCACUGUGGCUGAGCUCGGAUGGAGGAUGGGGCUCUAUACCCCAGCAUACACACAGACUGAGGAGUUCCGUGCUCUUCCGACCCGCUUACCCGAGGCAUUUGACAUUGAUGAGUUCUGGCACAAACACUCCACAGACACCAGAUCAUUUCUCCGGAUGCACCCCCAUUCGAACAAAUGGAGGGCGACUCACUGGUACAUACUCUCGUUCGUACUUUCUUGUGGUUUUUUUGGACGACCUAACAACACAAACAGGUUGUCCAAAAAGGACAUACUAUUCUUUUGGAGUUUAAUUCACCGCAUCCCGGUGAAUAUGGCUGUCCUUAUGGCUCGUUUCUUCCGGAGCCAGGGGAAGACUGUGCGGCGCACUAUCCAGGCAGGGCCUUUCAUCACUACUCUCGUUAGAUCAUUCUACCCAGAUCUAGACAUUCCAGGGCUACUGCACUUACAGGAUAGCAUCCGCGUUCUUCGAUCCUCAUCCUUUACCAACAUGAGGAUCAAGAAGAAGCGGAAUACUCAGGAGCUUCCAGGUAUUGAGCAGCCGACCCAGCAGGGUAGUUCUUCUCGACAUGAGGGAUCUAGCGAGCCCUUUUCAGACAUGCCUAGCGCCGCAGAUUGGAGAGCGAUGAUGGAUGGGAUGCGGACUCUCCAGACCUCAGUCUCAGAGAUGCGGGUUGCACAGGACAGAGGAUUCCAGGAGAUACGAGAGGCGCAUGAGUCGGCCCUGGGAGAGUUCAGAGACUUUCGAUUAGCUCAGGAGAGAGCCACCCAGGAUAUGCAGGCGGAGCUAGAGACCCAGAGGCUAGAUAUUGAUGAGAUGAGAGACUGGCUUAGGCCACACUAUGGCCCUCGGGAUUACGCAGGCGAUGCUUAGUUUUGCUUCUUCCUUGACAUUUUUUUUAUUGUGUUUGUUUGUUUCUUCAGGUUGGACAUUGCGCUGCUCUUUUGACUUGAAUGCUGACUAUGGAUGAUGUAAGGAUUUUAAAAAACCAUUUUAUUCCUGUUUCAUUAUUCCUCUUCACAAAAUCUUUUCAAAACUCAAGUGUGAGGAAAGAACCAAAAAAAAAAAAAAAAAAAAAAAAUGUGUCUUUAUUUUGUGCCUCAAAAGAAGACCUCGAGGGCUAGGUCUAGCUCAAGUGUGAGGAGGCUGUGCUUUACACUCAAAAGUUAAAAACUUAUUUUAGAACAAUCUUUUUUCUAUUUUUGAUAUGAAACAUUAAUUUCUCAAUUUGUUAUCAAUCGCAUAAAUAGUUUAGAUAAUCACCCUUAUUAUAUGAAUUUACUUUUAUUAUUAUUUUUGAAAACUUGAAAUUGUUAUGGGUUUUUGGUUGCGAAAGUAAAGGGUUGAAUUUGUUUUAAUUGGACAUUUAUUUUAUUCAAAAAAAAAAAUUGUUACUAUUAAUAAACCUCUUCAAAACUCAUUGUUAUAGGACAAUUCCAUCUCCGAAAAGGGGCUCUGUUUCAUUCGUUAAUCACAGUCUGUGAGAAUGAAAUAUGCAUUUACCAUGGGAUAACACCGCCAACAAGAGUGAAAAAGAGCAAAAAAAAAAAAGGGUGAACAAGAUGAAUGUCCCAAUUAGAAUAAUGAAAACCUUGGGAUAAGGAAUUGAUUGGUGGUUUAACAUAAUAAAUAGUUUUUCUUAAGUAAUACUAAUUUUAAAUUCUUGUAUUUUGGGUGAUUUUUCUAGAAUGUUUAAAAAUUGAGAAUAAAAAUAAGAGGUUUUUGUUUCUACUUCUUUAAAAUAGCAACUAGAUUGUAAUACAGUUAGACUUUACCUUUUGAGUGUGUUUACAACUCCGUCGCUUGAGGACAAGCAACGCUUAAGUGUGAGGAGAUUGAUAAGUCCAUUUUUGUACUUAUUUUUCUUAUCAAAUUAAAGCGAUUUUUGAAUAAAAAUAGAAAGAAAAGACACAUUUUUUAUAUUUUGGUUCGAGUUUCAUGAAAUCAGGUAAAAAUCACAUCCAUAAUAUGUUUAGCGGGAUUUCGGGUUAAUUGAGCACAAAAUGAGCCAAUUUGGACAACAAAUGAUAUCAUACCAAAAGAAGGAAACAUUAUUUCAAAGUGGUCCAGAAGACAAUAUUGAAGAGCACAAAACAAGGAACAAGCCGGACAAAGAAUCUCAUAGGCGCCCAAACAGGCGGCCAAAACGAAGGCCUUCGCGGCCGCCUACGGUAUUUUUGGAAAGUCAAACUUUGACUUUGACCGGAUUCGGAAAAGACCGUAGGCCGCCGACACUGGACGGAAGGCGGCCGCCUACGGUGACCGCCUGCGGCAGAAGACGACGAAGCAACCGCCGGCCGGUGGGAUUUGACGGCAGGCGGCCAGACAGGAACGGCAGGCGGCCGCCUGCUGGACCGCCUGCGGCGGCCAGGAUCCGCCGGGAUCCGCCGGGAUCCGAUUUGACAGUGAAAAGACGGCAGGCGGCCGAUGGGUGACGGAAGGCGGCCGCCCUCUGUGGCCGCCUACGGCUGACGGAGACCAGCCCACGUGUCGUUGCCGGCGAGUUGACGGCAGGCGGCCAGUGGCUGCCGGAAGGCGGCCGCCUGCCCGGGCGCCUUCGGGGAAAUUUUUCCUAUAAAUUGCCCGAUUUUUCCUCAACUCAAACACACCUCUUCCAACCCUAAAUCAGUUCAAAACACCUUCUUUCUUCCUCCAUUUUCGAGCUCCAAAGGUUUUAGAGAGAGAGAAACUUCAAAUCUUCAUAUCUUCUUCAUUUUAGCUCCAAAUUGGGUCAGGGCUCCAUAAUUCAGAAGGACGGUGAGUUAGAUGGAGAUGUAUCCCAUAGAAUCAGAACAGGGUGGAUGAAGUGGAAGAGUGCGUCAGGAUUUCUAUGCGGCCGAGGUAUACCGACUAGACUGAAGGGUAAAUUUUAUAGGACAGCAAUUAGGCCUGCAUUACUGUAUGACACGGAGUGUUGGGCGGUGAAACAAUGUCACAUUCAAAAGAUGAGUGUGGUAGAUAUGCGCAUGCUGCGAUGGAUGUGUGGGCAUACUAGAAAGGACCGCGUGAGGAAUCAGACAAUCAGACAAAGGGUGGGAGUAACACCUAUUGAAGAUAAGAUGCGGGAGUCGCGCCUACGGUGGUUUGGUCAUGUGCAUAGAAGACCGAGUGAUGCACCUAUCAGAUGAGUUGAGAGGUGUGGAGAAGAGGUAGGGAAGAGAGAGAGAGAGAGAGAGAGAGAGAGAGAGAGAGAGAGAGAGAGAGAGGAAGGCCCAAACAGACGUGGGUUAGGGGCGUCAGAAGUGAUAUAUGCUUCUUCUUGGAUUGAAUGAGGGUAUGACUUUGAAGAGAGCAAAAUGGAGGGCGGGUAUUCGUGUGGAGGAGUGAUCUUGUAUCAUCUUUUCCCCUCUUUUUUUCUUCUUUUUUUUCUUUUAUAUUUUUAUCCUUAUAUAUAAAUAUUACUUUAUCCUUUUUAUUUUAUCUUUUAUAUGUAUAUUCAUCUCUUUUAUAUUAUCUUUUUUUAUAAUAGCUUAUCUUUUUUAUCUUUAUUUUCUUUCUUUUCCUUUUGGUGACAUCAUGUAUCGAUUCAUGUUAGCCGAUCCCUUUGGGACUAAGGCUUGGAUAUUGUUGUUGUUGUUGUUGUUGUUGUUUGUAGGGGCCGAGGCCUCCUCCAGCCUCUCCCUAUCUCCACCCCUGUCUAUAAGGGAAUCAUAUGGGUCUCCUUAAAAUUUUUGGUAAACAAUUUGGUUCUUUCUUUUAUCGAUUCUAGAAAUAAACUUUUUCCCAUAAAGUACGGAAAAAAUACAUGUGGUUGAGCCCGUUUUUAAAUAGGAUCAUGUGUUUCAUUUUUUAACACAACAGUUCAUGUGUUUAAACUUUGUUAUCACAAGAGGAUCCAUGCGUAUGAUGUCGUUAGAAAUCGCUAGAGGAAGAAGAUGAACAAUAAUUCCAAUUUUCAAAAGUGGCCGAACAAUUAGAAAAAAAUAAUGAGAAGUGCGCCUCAACGUGACGACCUCUAGGCCAUCUUUCUUAAUGGAGUUACUAUUAACGACAUCAGACGCCAGAACCCUGUUGUGAUAACAGAGUUUAAAUACAUGAAGCAUUUUUGUUAAAAAAUAAAGCACACGACCUUAUCUGAAAAAGGAUCUAACCACAAGUGUUUUUUCCGUACUUUUCCCAAAAUUAUAUGAAAGGGUAGAUUUUAAAAUAUCAAUAUAUUUUUUAUUAUUUAUAAAUAUUUAUAUCUAUAUUUGCACAUCACAAGUUUUUCUUGGGGGCGAGAAGUCCAAGUCCUCCCUCUUUAGAGUUAAAGUGAGAAUGUGACAUGCUAAUGCAGACAUGGAGCAGCGAAGAAAGUUCGCGCGUGAGCGAAGUGCUUCUGAUGUGGUAAGAUACAUACAGCGGCGGGGCACAUAUACGGUGGGGCUUCCAUUUUAUCCCUAACCUCACCCUGUCUGGUUGGAUAAACAACACUUCAUUCUAUAUUUGGUUUUCCCUUUUAUGGGUUAAUAAUAAGGGAAAUUUUGAGUUUGCACCUCAUAUACGAAGUACAAAACUUUUAGAUUUUGCAUCUCAUAUACAAAACUCUUAGAUUUUACACUCUAUUUACAACAUUUUGUGAAGAAUAAUUAUGAUAUGCAAAGUCAAAGACAUUUUAGAGAAAUAACACUUCAUUCUAUAUUUGGUU